AUGUAACAAAUCAUUAAAUUCAGCCCUCUGGCUCACAAGCUUAACUCCAAACUACUUCUUAGACAAUUACUUUUCUAGAGAGCUUUUGUGAUUCCAUCUAGUAGAGGGCUUGCCAUGAAUUUCUCAGCCCCACUUCAUAAUAAAACUUAGCCAGCAAUUGAUGAGGAAACAUAAGAAGACCUAUUAAACAAUAGAGCUAUGAACAUUGCCUAAACACAGUAUCAAAACGAUGAAAUCAUCAGAGAUAUCAUCGAAAAGAAUCAGACUAUCUCCCAGCUGACAGGCUAUUUCAACUACAAUUAGAAGUCAUUUUAAAUGAUUCACUACUCAUUUAUGCUUUACAGACUCAACCAUCUUGUCCAAGAAGCCAAAAAAUAUCAAAAUCUAACUCAGGAAUAGAUUUAGAACUUGCCUUAAAACCAAAGGAUUAUAUUUGAAUAGAACAUUGGCAACGAUCAAAUGGCUAGCCAUCUCUAGAAGCUGAUUUGUUUUUACAUCGCAAGAAAUACAAAAGAAUUGAUUCCAAAUGCCAUAAUUCCUAUGUUGAAGGUCUUAUCCGAGUCAUCGCUUGAUAGAUCUGAAAUGGGGUAAGAGCAAUAUGCUCUGAUUGAGGAGAAAGUAAUGCAAGAAUACCCUAAAUACAUAUCAUUAGAUCUAUCUUCAAUCGUUUCUGCCUUCUUAAAGCUUAACUAUGUUCCUCAUUAAAUUAUAGAUGAGUUAAACAAACUUCAACAGCUUUCAACCAUGAAUAAGUAUGCUUGCCUUUAACUACUUGAGGGUCUUGUCGAUUCCAAGUACAAUUAAAAACCUGAAUUCUACGAUAAACUCUUAACUUAACUAAAGAGAUCAUCCUAGGUCACAAAUUAGAGACUUGCUGGUAGAGCACUAGCAAUUUUAAACAAGUUGAAGGAUAUCACAACUGAUAAAGAUCUUGUGGAUCAUGCUUAAUACUAUAUUGAUAGGUAUGUUGAAUCGAUUAGACAUCCAGAUUAAUCUAUAAAAGCAGAUAUUCUGCUAGAUUCUGCCAGAGUAGUCAGAUCUCUUGACAACUAUGCAAGACAAGCAACUCAAAGAACAUUAGAUCUGGAUUAGUUCAAUGAGAACUAUGUUAGAAUCUAGUCAGAUAAGAUUGAUAAGUUUAGAGCAGAAAUUAUUUUUGUUGUUUAUGAGAGUUUCUUGAACGCAAGUGAUAAGAAAAAGUUUGUGGACUCAUUCAUAAGAGCACUUAGGGAAAAUAGAAUAGAUAUUAGAAGGUUCAAUGUAUACCAACUUGAAAAAGCUGUCUAGAUGAUUCAUGGUCACUCGAAGAAAGACCUGCAUGUUUUCCAUAAGUUCUUUGAUCAAUGUCUGGAAUAAGGGUACUACAAACAACAAUAGUUACUUGACAAUUUCUCUGCAUUCUCUAAAUUGUUUUAUAUUUUCGUAAAAGAAGGCUUCAUUACUCAAGACUUCUAAAACAACAUUUAUUACCAAUAUGUCUUCACCCUAAAUGAUAACCUCAAAAAAUUGACAAAUUAGGAUAUCGUGAAUGUGCUCUGGGGAUUAAUUGUGUCUGAUGAUGAAACAGUUAAAUCACCACUUAUCGCCAAGAUCUUUGAGAUGUUGCAUGAAUUCAAAAGAGAUACUCCUUUGACAAAGGAUGAAUUAAUUCAGUUAUAUUAGAUUCAUAUUUACGCUUAAGAUAAGAUAAAGAACAGAAUCUGGCCAAAGUAAUUCAAAGAUGUGAUCCCCUAAGCUGCAAAGGAUGCUGCUGAGGACGAGUUUAAUCAGUUCGACAAGAAUCUCUUUAAAGAUUACUAAAUGGAUAUCGCAAAGAAAUUAUUGAAACUUAGAUGCACUUUUACUGAGAAUGCAAAAAUUCACAAAACAUAUAGAGCUGACUUUAAACUGACAGAUGCCUAGAAAAUAAUCGUUUUUGUUGGAGGAGAAAUGAAAAAUUAAAAGAAUUCUUAACUAUUAGGAGUUUAUUAAUAAAAGAUAAGUUACUUGCAAACCAAACUCAAGGAUUAUUAGGCAAUUGUUAUUGACCUUGAUACCUGGAAAGAUAAAUCAGAAGAUGAGUAGUACUCAUUUUUGUUCAAUGCAUCAUUGCCUAAAGAGGGAGAUGGGUUUUAAUCUCAAUACUCUUUUUGA